GAGGCGGGAACCCGCCGCGGCGGCAGUAAGUAGGGAGCGCACACCUGCCAGCCGAAACGGAGAGAGCGGAGCUGCGCUACAAGAAUGGCCUCCAAAUUUUACGACUUGUCCGCCAAACUGCUGACGGGGGAGGCGUUCAGCUUCUCCUCCCUCCUGGGCAAAGUUGUGUUGAUCGAGAACGUGGCGUCGCUCUGAGGCACAACCAGCAGGGAUUACACCCAGAUGAACGAGCUCCAGGAGCGCUACGCCGCCAAGGGGCUCGUGGUUCUGGGUGUGCCCUGCAACCAGUUCGGACACCAGGAGAACAGCAACAAUGAAGAGAUCAUGAUGUCCUUGAAGUACCUCCGUCCCGGCAACGGCUUCGAGCCCAAGUUCCAGCUCCUCGAGAAAGCGGAUGUGAAUGGGAAAGACACCCACCCCUUGUUCGCGUUCCUCAAGGAGAAGCUUCCGUCCCCCAGCGAUGACCCCGUGACCCUCAUGAACGACCCCAAGUGCAUCAUAUGGAGCCCCGUGUGCAGGAACGACGUCGCCUGGAACUUUGAGAAGUUCCUUGUUGGGCCGGACGGAGAGCCGUUCAAGCGCUACAGCAGAAGAUUCCUGACCAGCGACAUCGAGGCAGACAUCCGGAAGCUCCUCAACUUGGCAAACUAAUCCGUCCUCCUGCACGUGUUUCUUGUCUAGUUCCCAUACACGCUUCUCGAUACGAUGUCACUCUGAUUGGUAGUCCCAUGCAUUUUCUUCAGUUUCUAGAUGCUUUCUGAUCUUGCCUCUGUAGCUGUAUGGGACGUCUUCUGUGCUCUACUGCAUCAAGGGCUCGUGUUAUUCUUUUACUAAAUGACGGCAUUCCCCGAAACCAAGCCAAUUGUGAGAGGGAUGUCUGAUGACGUGUAAAAGUCUUGACCUCUCAUGCUCUGGGAUGACUGUAGAGCACAGCUCUGGUUCGAUGUAUCCAGCAGACCAAUAAAUAUUUUUGUUAA